AUGCAAAAAGCCGGAGAUAAGAGGAAGGGGAUAUUACCAACACAGGCGGCCGAGCCCGAAAAGAAAAGAGCCCGAGUUUGGAGAUUUCCAGAUUCCAAGGCUCCCGACGCUGCCACCACCGAAGGUCUACCAUGGCUACCAAUCCGUCCAGCAGAUAACUCUUGCGAUGGGACGACGACUGGGAGCGGCCUGCGUGCGACGUCUGCACCCCCCGAACUCUCCAAGGAGAAGCUCGGAGAGGUAAACGUCCUCGACACUUCCACACACCUGUGUCCCGUGGAAAUCUCCACUAAAGAAGUGAGAAUCAAGCAUGAAGACGGUGAUUUCCAACAUCAUGCUCCGAUUCUCACUUCUUUGGUGGCGACGAAUGCUGCCCAAGAGCGUGCUCAAGUUUUGGCGAAAAGGAUACGUCGGUUGAUUGCAAAAAGAAACGAGCACCGGAUCAAUACCGAGAGUUUAAGGAAGAGAAUUCGGCAAAGUCAACUGACGUACGCGGAUCUGAUGAGAAAGCGGAAUCGAUUGGAGACCAGCCUGGCCGAUCUCAAGUCGAAGUUGGAUUCCGACGAACAACUGCUGGAGACAGAGGCGCGGUCUAUGGAGGAUAUCCCUGCCGAGAUGGAGCAGGCUUCUGCCGAGCUCGCCGCGUUGAUCUCGAGAUGA